AUGUGUGGAAGGCUGUGGUCCAAGGCCAUUUUUGCUGGCUAUAAGCAGGGUCAUUGGAACCAGAGGGAGAACAAGACUCUUCUGAAAAUUGAAGGUGUUUGUGCUCAAGAUGAAACUGAAUUCUAUCUAGGCAAGAGAGAUGAUUAUAUGUACAAAUCGAAGAACACAGUGACUCCUGGUGGCAAACCAAACAAAACCAGAGUAGUCUGGGGAAAGGUAACUUGUGCUCAUGGAAAUGGUGGCAUGGCUUGUGCCAAAUUCCCAAGCAACCUUCCUGCUAAGGCCAUCAGGCACAUUAUCUGUGCAAUGCUGUACCCCUCACAGGUUUAAACUUAUGAAAAGUAAAAAAAGGUAAUAUUUUUCUCUUGUUAAAAAAAAAAAAAA